GCAGAGGAAAGAAAUUCCUCUCUGCUUCCCACCAAUGAGCGAUGCUUGACCACGUCCUUGCAUCAGGGCCUCAAUGCAUGUAGCCGGUGUUUGGGGUACUUUGCCCUCAGCUGGGUCCCUCUGCCCACACACUGCAGCUCCACGUGCUCAGACCAGAGGUGACAAUUCUGUGGCCUUCCCAGCUCUGCUCCUGGGUCCCUGUGGUAUGAAGGGGAUUAAUCUCACUCCAAGGGGAUUCUCUGGCUGUGGGGUCGCAGCGCUACUGAAAUUAGAGCUGCCACCCCCCUGCCUGGUCCCAGGGACCUGCCUGGGGCUGAGCAUGGCCCUGUGGUACUGUCACAGGACAGGGUGGCAGCCCCCAGGGAGGUGCUUCUGACAGAGGAGGCAGAGGUGCAACGGGGCUGUGGGGCUUUCUGCUUGCUUGUCACCACAUCCAGAAAUGUCCCCAGAACAGAACGGCCCCAGGACAGGCACACAACCCUGCCACCACCAUCACCACCCCUUGGAUGUCUGCUGAGCGAGUGACGAGCUGGGCUGUAGGGACCCCUCAGCCUUCAUCUCCCCAGCCAAAGUUCCAGGUUUGUGCCCCAAACUCCUGCUGGGCCCCAGCAGCUCACGGUCCCCCAGUCCAGGCCAGCCCCGCUGCAGACUGGUGGGGAGCAGUCCUGAGCACCUCGCCCUUGCUGCUGAGUGCUCCUCUUCCUGCCCUGCUUGUUUUUGGGGAGCCCCAGGACCUCCUGGCUGCCCUGAGCCGAUCGGGGCCGGGUGGUGACCAUCAGGGACAGCCCACUCGGUGCUGUCUGGGUAUGCUCAGCAGGCCUCCUCCCUACCUCAAAGGCAGCAGCUGAUCUGGGCAGAGUCAAGGUAUGUUUUGGAUCUUUUUGGUCACCCUGAGACUUGCUUUCUGCCUGGCCAAACUCUCUCCCAUUGCAUUCACCACCUGGGCAUUCAGCACGCAGCUGGAUCUCGUAGGGGAUCUCGUCAGCCAGAGGAAGGAAUUCAAGCAAAGCCUGUCCUGCAGCCAGGCCUGGAGGACCCGCUGAGGUCCAAUUUGCAGACCCAGACUCCUUCCUGAAGUCUGCACGUCUCCAGCGCCUGCCCUCGUCCUCCUCGGAAAUGGGCAGCCAGGACGUGUCCCCUCUGCGGGAGACCAGCAAGGACCCGUUCUCCGGAGACUGCAGCUGCCGGCAGGACGGGCUGACUGUCAUCAUCACUGCCUGCCUCACCUUCGCCACAGGGGUCACGGUGGCCUUGAUCAUGCAGAUCUAUUUCGGGGACCCUCAGAUCUUCCAGCACGGUGCCGUGGUGACGGACGCUGCCCACUGCACAGCCCUGGGCAUCAAGGUGCUCAACAAGCAGGGCUCCUCGGUGGAUGCAGCCAUCGCCUCAGCCCUCUGCGCAGGAAUUGUGAACCCCCACGUGUCGGGCAUCGGCGGGGGUGGGGUGAUGCUGGUCCACGACAUCCGGAAGAACCGGAGCCAGGUGAUCGACUUCCGUGAGGUGGCUCCCCUGGGCAUCCCGCUGGAAGGGGACCUGCAGAAGGACACCAAGCCAGGUCUGCUGGUGGGGGUGCCAGGCAUGAUACAAGGCAUGCACCAGGCGCACCAGUUGCAUGGGAGGCUCUCCUGGUCAAAGCUGCUGGGCCUCGUGGCUGCUGUUGCUCAGGACGGGUUUAAUGUCACACAUGACUUGGCCAAAGCUCUGACUGAACUGAAGGACCUGAACUACUCUGACAAAUUCCGGGAGAUCUUCCUGCCAGACGGCCAGCCUCUGCUGCCUGGCAUGUUUGUGAGGCGCCUGGACCUCGCAGCCGUCUUGGAGCUGGUGGGAGCAGAAGGGCCAUCAGCCUUCUACAGCAGCAACUUGACCCAGGAGAUCAUCUCUGAGGUGCACAACUAUGGAGGAGUCCUGGUGGAGGAAGACUUCAGCAAUUACAGCAUCAUAGUGGAGGAUCCUGUCCACACGGUAUAUCGAGGUCAUCUUGUUUUGACUCCCCCACCUCCACAUGCAGGUCCUGCACUGAUCACAGCACUGAACAUCCUUGAGGGCUUUAACAUCUCAAGUCAAGCAUCCAGGGGGAAUAUCUUGCACUGGAUGGCAGAGACCUUAAAAGUAGCCCUGAGUCAAGCUAGCAACUUGGGAGACCCAUCCGAUGAUGUGUCUGUCACUCAUGCUGCAGAAAGCAUGUUGAGCAAAUCAGAAGCUAACUCCUUGCGCCAGCUGAUUAACGACUCCCAGUCCUUCUCGUCUGAUUUCCGCUUGCCGCACUUCUCUGUGGAGAGCGGACCUGCUGCCAGCCAGGUUCUUGUCAUGGGGCCUGACGACUUCAUUGUUGUGGCUGUAAGUUCUUUGAAUCGUCCCUUUGGUAGUGGAAUAAUAACACCUUCUGGAAUCCUUCUGAACAGCCAGAUGUUGGACUUCUCCUGGCAAAACAAAACAAUGAACCACUCCAUUCCCAGGCCGCAAAACCUCAUUCAGCCUCGGAAACGGCCCUUGUCUUUCUUGUUGCCCACCAUCGUGAGACCAUCUGAGGGGAUGUGCGGGACAUACCUGUGUCUGGGAGCUAACAAUGGGGACAAAGCCUUGAGCGGCAUCGUUCAGGUUUUGGUAAAUGUUUUAGCACUUAACAAGAAUCUGAGUGAAAGUUUGUCACUUGGUCGACUUCACCCACAGCUUCAGUCCAACACCUUGCAGGUUGACAGUGAACUUCCUGAAGAAGAUAUUGAAUGUCUUGUAGCCAGGGGCCAUGAAGUGGAUAAAGUCAAGGUGAUCUCCCUAGUUCAUGGGGCCAGGAGAACCAACAGCUUCAUCAUUGGCCUGAAGGAUCCCAGGAGCGUGGAUGCUGCUGGAGCCACAAUAUUAUAGCACCUCCCAAACAACAUACUCACUGAACAAGGCUUUAGGGAGAUCAACCCAAGUGAUGUGCAUGUUCUGAAAUGGCUGCCUCCUUCUCUCCAGAGUGAGACCACUGCAUUCACACACAUGUAUCUACACUGCUGAGUAAACUUUCUGUAUUCCCUACCCAGGAUGACACAGGGGGGUUAGUGGUGCCAACAUACAUCUCUGUUUUUUUUCUUUAAAAAAAAAUAUUUGAAAUGUAAGCAGCCCAGUCAUUGUUAUAGGAAUGAAGGGAGGACACUUUUCUUUUGGCAGCAUCUUAUCAUUAAUUUCAGUCUUUUCAAAAGCCCAAUUCUAAUCAACAUCUUAAUUUUAAUGAGCAGGAACAUUAGCAAAGAAAACAAUGACAGGAAAAAACAGCUGCUGAUAAUACUGUAAACUUUAUCUCUGUUUCUUUCCCAAGUUCAUUCUCUGCCUGUUGUGUAAGUCAAUAAUUAAUGCAGCCUAAUGUAGUAUUUGUAGGUGCCUGUAUCUGGAAUAUCAGGGAAUCCUUUAAUGUUCUGUAUGGGCCAGCUGACUUUUACCAGCAUGCAGCCUCCUGUGUUAGUUCCUUUUCUCACAUCACUGCAUACCUUGAUUUUUUUGAGUAAAUAUUUUGAAUCAAGUAGCUGUGCAUACUCACUGGAAGACCAAUUUUGAACCAGUCUGCCUCUUUAUUAGCAUAGACCAGCAAUUCACUGCUUUUGUUCCCAGAACAGCUGCCCCACCACACGUUUUGUAACCAGAACAAUGGUUUUCAACUUUUUACAACUUAUGGACCCCCCAGUAGUUUUCUUACAUUAGUCCAGCCUCCUCCGUAGUGAAUUUACGCUUAGUGGCAAUGGACUUAAUUUGCUUAGAUACUCUCUGGAGAUAUCUUUGAAAUACUACACAUACAUAAAAAAAUGCACAGACCAUGGACUGAAAACCACAUGGAAACAGAUUAGGUGGAUUCAGAGCUUUCCUUACACUGCCUUAUCUCAGUCUGCUUUGAAAGCCUCAGUUGUAUAAUCCCUACAGAGAGGCUUGGGAUUUUCUGCCUGCUAAAUUCAGGCCUGUACUUCAGUUCAGGUGGCUAUUAGAAAAGCUGAAGAGAAUGAGAGAAACGGUACAAUACAAAGCAAAAACCACUGAGAUAUUUUUCUGUCCACAGCACGAAAUACAGAAUAUACGAAUACUUCUGCAUUUCUUGACUUUAAAAAAUGAAAAAAGCACCACAUCUGUUCACUGCACCAUUUCAUUCAAUCUGUGCUUGUACACUUCCUCCUAUUUUAUUUUAUUUUAUUUUAUUUUAUUUUAUUUUAUUUUAUUUUAUUUUAUUUUAUUUUAUUUUUUAUUUUAUUUUAUUUUAUUUUAUUUGUUGUUUGUUUUUACUAGAAAGUUAGAUAGAGCCACCUGGCAUUGAAAAAUCUGGAAUUCGAUCAUUUUCUGAAGUCUAAAUUGUGAUGAUUUCCUUCAUGGUGCAAACAUGUCUAUGGCCAUUGUACUUAUUACAUAAGUAUGUCUGUUUGUUGUUGCCUUGGUCUGUCAUUUGAUGCACGUUAGCCCAACUGUCUUUCUGAGGGAGCCUCUCAGACACUAAUUUGUUUGAAAUGCGCCUCCCUCACACAAGCUGCCAUUUAGCACAGGGCAUGCAUGGGUUGCUUGGAGGUGGUCAGGAAGCUACCAUAGAUAAUUGGACUAAUCGUUCCUGACACCAACCAGCUGAGCAUCUCAAAGCACCUUACGCUAAUUCUUGCAGGUUGUGCUGAGGAGGGAGAGAGAUGUUUUUAAGCUCCACUGAAAGGCAGCCACCCAUGAGGCAGCUACUUGGCAGAUGGGAACAUCUACAGUAUUUUCUGUUAGUGGCCUCAGCCAAGAGACGGGGCAAUUACGGUGUUAUCUUUGAGAAGUUAUACACUGUGUCACCAAACUGCCCAUAUGGCAAGAACAGGCUUUCCUCACGAGAGGGACCUCGAAUCUGUUUAUUUGUUUUUCUGUCAUAGGCGAUAGAACUCGUCACUGCCCAAAGUUGGAGCAUUCACAAACCAUGACAUGUCUUGCAACAGACCUCCUUGGGUUUAGCAGGAAGGGGAGGAUGCAUUUUUGUGUGUUGAAUCAUACUGGUGGAAAUUUGGGACUUUCUGGUAGAGGACAGCAAUGAUGUGUCCCUCAGACAUGGAGGUUUACUGGGCACAACUGCAAAAUAAAUAGUCAGGUAACUGCUGCUACAGUACUUUGCAUGAAAUAUUACAGAACACUUUGAAAGAUAACAUUCCUAUUUAUCCAUUCAAUUAUUUUCCCUAAUUCCCUUUUGAUGCUGCAAACUGUAUACAUUUGUAAGAUAAAGACUCUGGUCUUGACUCAAAAGGGCACUUGAAAUCCUCAAGGUACAAUUUCAGAGCAAUUAAUUGCAAAAAAAGAUAAAAUUUAGAAUAAUUGGAAGAUGGGUCUUAGUCCCCUAAGUAAUGGCUAAGAGAAAUAAAGAUAUUUUGAAUUAUUUCCCAUUUUCUCUGUUUAAAAUGGCAUCAGUGUAGCACAGAUGUAUUCAGUACUGAAACCUUUCAUCAGGUAAUUGGCCCAGCAUCUCUGGUGCUUUGACUCAAUCUGUUGUGAGGAGAUCUGAUCAAAUCAAUUUGUGGCACCUCGAAGUUCCUGACACUUCAUUUUGUACGGGUAAGACAGACAUUGUAAAAUAAAGGGCCGUAUCUGGAGAUGUGGGUGUGCAGCAUCUGCAUUGAUUUCAACCCAACUAUUGCAGAUAUCUAACAACUCUGAAGCAGAAUUUGUCCUGAAAUUUGUACAGCAAAGUGUCUGAGGAGCUCAGAACACAAAAUACAGGAUGGCUGAGAAAAACAAUAAAUAAAAUAAAAUAUUUAAAAAAAUAACAAAAUAAAACUAAAAAAAAAUAAACAGAUGCCUUUGUCAAAUGUAA